AAGUUAGAACAAAUUCGCGACCGUUAUUUAUUUCGUAGACUAGAUAGACACAGAGAUUGAGAUAGAGAGAGAUUAUCAAAACAAUGGCCACUGUGAAAAUCUCUCUUUCCUUUAUUUCACUAUCACCAUCUUCUUCUUCUUCUUCUUCUUCUUCUUCUUCAACUCAAUCUAAGUUAUCUCCGUCGUUCAUCCCCAAUGCGGCACCGUCGGCAAAGUUGGCGAAGUUGCGAUUCAAUGGUAAGUCCCUGACAGCAAAACCGAUGGUACACAGAGCCUCUCGCACCAGCGGAAUCACCUGCUCUGCUUCCUCAUCUCCUACAACUCUUCCUUCUGCUCUUCUCUUCGAUUGCGAUGGCGUUCUUGUUGAUACCGAGAAGGACGGUCAUCGGAUCUCCUUCAACGACACUUUCAAAGAGAGAGAAUUGGGUGUUACUUGGGAUGUUGAGUUAUACGGCGAGCUGCUUAAAAUUGGUGGUGGUAAAGAAAGGAUGACGGCGUAUUUUAACAAGGUAGGUUGGCCAGAUAAAGCUCCCAAGGAUGAAGCAGAGAGGAAAGAGUUCAUAGCUGGUCUUCACAAGCAAAAGACUGAGAUUUUCAUGGUUCUCAUUGAGAAAAAGCUGCUUCCUCUUCGACCCGGUGUUGCAAAGUUGGUGGAUCAAGCUUUAACAAAUGGAGUAAAAGUAGCUGUGUGCAGCACUUCAAAUGAGAAGGCGGUUUCUGCUAUAGUUUCAUGCUUGCUUGGACCAGAACGAGCCGAGAAAAUCAAGAUAUUCGCUGGAGACGUAGUCCCAAAAAAGAAACCUGACCCAGCUAUUUACAACUUAGCAGCUGAAACCCUUGGAGUUGAUCCUUCAAAAUGUGUUGUGGUUGAAGACAGCGGGAUCGGGCUAGCAGCUGCAAAAGCUGCAGGAAUGACUUGUAUAGUUACCAAGAGUGGGUACACCGCAGAUGAAGAUUUUGAGAACGCAGAUGCGAUUUUCGACUGCAUUGGAGACCCUCCAGAGGAGAGAUUUGAUUUGGCAUUCUGUGGAAGCCUUCUCCAGAAACAGUUCGUUAGUUAAAAAAAAAAAAAAACACAAACCACAUUGAGAAAAAUUGUUUCUUUCUCUCAGCAUUGGUCUGUGUAUAAAUAAAAGUAAAGCGUAUCAUUCAUGUAAAAGAAAACCAUACAAUUCGAUUACACGUUAUGAACUGAACGUUUUAAUA